AAGAUACUGUACACCGAACAAUCAAGCUAGCACGUUGUGCCAGAGAACAUAGAGCAUAUGUUUAUAGUUUCUCUGUCCAGUCAACUGUCAAACGCUUAUUUUGAGGCGCUCUCACACUGGAAUAAGUUGGGGAUCACUUUAUCUCAGUUUAACUUUAUUUAACGAGUUGUGUAGUGACAAGUGAACAUAACAGAUUAUUAUUCCUGAUAUAAGUGUUGAAAUAUCGGAAAGCUGAAUUUCUAUUGCUUUUGCUUCUGAACACUAUUAUAAUAACGAGACUUUUAGCAUUUAUGUGUGGUUUAUUUCGGGCUGUGCGGCCAUAGAAAUCAGCUUCCUUGAACACUUCGUAUGGUUUCCAGAUGUGAAUUUUUCCAAGAAAUUUUUCCACUUUGUUGAUUAAAGUUAAAGUUGGAGUACGUAAAGCCUUCGUUAAAUAUUUUAUAAAGAGCCGAUUUCUUUUUAUUCGUCUGUGAGCUUACAUUUCGAAAACUGCGGUUAGCAUAUUACCAGACACGGACUUCAACGCGCCAUUAAAGUUGCCAAGAAGGAAAGUUAAGAAACUAGCAAUGGCCACGAGUUCUUCCCAAAUACUUGCUCUUCAGAGAAAUUCCAGUGAGCAGAAUCGAUUUAUAGAGAAAUUAAUGACGAAAAUAUGUAGUUUCUACGACGAGAAGUCUCUAAUCGAUGUAACAUUUAAAUUUUCAAAUCCAACGGCUCUUGUACCCGCGCAUCGUUUGCUACUCGCAGCAGCGAGUCCUUACUUCGAGAACCUUUUCAAUGGCAACCAAGGCACUAAUCCAGUCAUCGAGAUAAAUGAUAUCGAUAGCGAUAUUUUCGAGCAUCUAAUAACCUUUUGUUACACCGGACACGCCCCAAUUACCGUUAACAAUGUCGCUACCAUGCUAAAUGCGGCAAUCGUUUUGCAAUUAGACGAUGCCAAAAACCAUAUUGUGGACUACCUCAUGACACAUAUCGAUGAAUACUCUUUACAGGGUGCUUAUAGGCUGGAGCGUGAAACGCAAUGUGAAGUUCUUAGGCAGAAAAUCUUCGAAUACGAGACACAGAACUUCAUGGAGAUCAGCCGCAGCGAUGAGUUUUUGAAAUUUGAUGUAGAAAAAUUGCAACGUAUCUUGGUAUCUGACAAUUUGAAUAUAACCCGUGAGGAAGACGCCUACGAUGCCAUACAACGCUGGUACAAUCACGAUGUUCCUGCGCGUCAAGAGCAACUGCCACUUUUAAUAGCGUGUCUCCGUCUUACCCAAUUCAAUGUAAACUUUCUGAUGACACAAAUACAGCCCUUACCUGGAUGUGAGCUACUGGCCUUCAAGGCGUUAUCGUGGAUCAGAGAGCCUACAGUACGGCCAUUGAUAAAUAUACGAUUUACAGAACCACGUGGAGUCAGUGCUUCAAAUUGUGGUGAGAAAACAAUUCUAGCGCUUUGCUCAGAGAUGAAUCUCAAACUGCUGCGAUAUAACAAAACUGAGGAUAAGUGGCAGGAAUAUGCGAGUAUAAAAAUGGAUCACGAACUAUAUAGAACUAUUUUAAAGGAUGAUAAUUUAUUAUUUGUUGGCGGUAAUAAAGGUGGUGUCACAUGUAACGUCGUUCGUAGUUGGAAUAUACGAAAUAAAACAUGGCAAAAUUUGCCCGCUAUGAACCAAGCAAGAAUGGCACACUGCCUUGUCGAAUUAAAUGGUGAAAUCUACGCCAUUGGUGAUUAUCAUGGUAAUAAUGCUUUGUCGUCGGUGGAAAGAUAUACGACUUCGGAUGGUUGGGUGUUUGUGACCAGCUUAAAUGUUGAACGAUCUUACGCAGGUGCAGUGACAUUAAAUGGUAAAAUUUACGCAAUGGGCGGUUAUAAUGGCAAUGGGGGCUUAAAAUCCGUCGAAUGCUACAAUCCGGAUUCGAAUACUUGGACUUUUUGCGCAGAUAUGACAAAUAGUCACUUUUUACCUAGCGUAGCUGCACAUAAAGAUCACAUUUAUGUUUUAAGCCGUAGGGGCGCUGAACGUUACGAUCCUCAGCAAGACACGUGGUCACAGAUUUGCUCUUUGGAGGUUGGUCUUGGUUGGAUGACUUGCCUAUCACUAGACAAUAAACUAUGGGCUAUUGGUGGCAAGUCUAAAUCUGUUGGCAACUCAUGUGUAUCAGUCUUUGAUGAAGAAAAUUUCUGUUGGGUAGAAAAGUGCUCAUUCCCCGAAAGUGACGUGCGUAGCUGUUUUGUUGUGCCUGAAUCCUUGCUGUCGUCGAUGUGAAUAAAUAAUGUACUUAUUGUUCUCGUUUUCGAUUUAACAAAUUCUUUUAUAAUAAAUCUAUGUACAUAUAUAUAUAAAACAAA